AUGUCCGCUCUCAAUUUCAGCCUGCUUAUCGUGCACCUCCUCGCCGUCCUAGGCAAUGAUCGACUCGGAUCCGAAAACAUCGUCAGCGCGUCAAGUGUUAGUGUCAAGUUUGCUCGCCAGUUUUUGCUCUGUCAACUCCUCUGGUAUGGUGGGUUGCAAGAAGAUACCCAUCUUCUCCAGACAUGCAUGGGUACAUCAGCACGUUUGCGAUUAACCGGCGAAAAUAUAAGUCCAGAUUGCUAUCUAUCAGAUAAUUCAAUUCAGAAUAGGGAGCAAGUAUGCAGGGAAAUGGAUACUGGCCUACUACUGCCACUGCAUCUAAAGGUCUUGUACCGCUCUGCUUGCCCACAUCUUAGGCAUUCGGCACCUGAGAAGCCCUCGUUCUAUGUUAAGAAUGGGCCCUCGAUCCCGGCUAUCAAGGAACUCUACCAUCUGCAAACCCCUGCCGAUGCCGGCCGCAAGAGCCUCAUCCAGGCCGCUCCAGUUCUUCGCCCACGGCCCAACAAAUUCGAAAUUCUUGGAGAAGGGUUCGUGCUCGGAGUACAGCACUCGGAGUAGCGUGGGCUUGUCUGCAGAUCGGAAGAUGAGGUGUGUGAGUUCUGGCGGGACCCAAGGGUUCCUGGAUUCGAGAUGGAAAGCCAUGCUGACGGAGGUUCGUCGGCGGCCCUUGAUG